GUUACCACUCCACCCCAGACCCGGUCACCAUUUAGGCACACCCAUCGACGUGGUAUCCGGCUAUCCGCGCCGCCCAUCCACCCUAACUCCGAUCCCAUCGCCGAUCGCCUCCGCCCCACCCUAAAACCUCCGGCCGCCGUCGCCCCUCCGAUGGCCGGCCAGCCCCGCGAACGCGGCUCCCGUGCCGCGCGCAAGGGCCGCCCCGUCCGCACGCCAGCGACCCUGCUCGCCCUUAACCCCACCCCCGAUCCCGAUCUGUCCGCGCAGGCCUCCGACGACGUCUCUCCGUGGGGCCGCUCAACGGAGGACGAGCUGGAGGACCGCCUCCUCAAGAGGCUGGAGGAGGCCUACGCGGCGGCGCUGGCCGGCCUCGCUGAGCUCGGCUACGCCGAGGACGCCGCGCUCCGGGCCGUCCUCCGCGCGGGCCACUGCUACGGCAAGCUUGACGACCCUGUCGAUAACAUCGUCGCCAACGCCCGCUCCUUCCUCAACGAUCCAGACGCCCCCGGCGGAGCCGGCGGGUUCGCCGACCUCCGCCGCCUCGAGGAGUACUCCCUAGCGGGCCUCGUCUGCCUCCUUCAGAGCAGCCGCCCCACCAUCUCCCGUGUCGAGGCCAUGUGGUGCCUCCUCGCCAACGAUCUCCGCCUCGAGCAGGCCAUCAACAUGGGAGCUUCCUUCACCGAUAAGUCGCCCCACUCCGGCUUCUCCACCGCCGAGAGUGAGGCGCCUUCCCCGGCCGCACCCGUCCCAGGGCAGCGUGGCUACUGCCACUUCCAUGCGACCACGGCCACAGAGAACCACAUGUUUGACCCUGAAACAUUCAUGCGUCUUGCGAUGCGCGCCCACACUGACAGCACGCGCCCGCACACUGAGAGCACUGCCGGCGUGGUCUCCUGCGUCAAGAAUACAUGGUCACGGUCCGGCGGCAGCGCUGCUCCGGCCCCUGCUGCCCCAGAUGGGCAGGGGCAGCCCAAGCAGUCCUUUGCUAUGAAGGUGUCCACCGAUGAUCUCAUUGAGUCUGUGGUGAUGGAGCUUGAGUCGCUGGACAUUGACAAGAAGGACCCUCCUGCGGAGAAGCCUGAUCCCAAGAAUGAGAUGGUGCGUGACCUCAUUAAACAGACACGGGAGAUGGAGGAGCAGCUCAAGGAGCGCAAGGAGUGGGCCCAGAAGAAGGCGGUACAGGCUGCUCGUAAACUUGGCAAUGAUCUCACUGAGUUGCGCAUGCUGCGGAUGGAGCAUGACGAUAACCAGCGGCGGAAGAAUGAUAAGCAGUCACUGGAGGAUGAGACAAUGAAGCGCCUCACUCGUCUGGAGUAUGAGCUGAAGAAGAAGAGUGGGCAGCUUGACCGGAGUAAUGCUAGUGUGCAGAAACUGGAAAUGGAGAAUGCGGAAAUACGUGCUGAGAUGGAAGCCGCGAAGCUGAGUGCAUCGGAGACUGAACGGCAAUGCCAGAUACUGCUAAAGAAAGAGAAGAAAGACAGCAAAAAGCUUGAGCUGUGGGAGCGGCAAAAGGCCAAGCUGCAGGAGGAGAUUGCUGAAUGCAAGGCAAAGAUCGCACAGGCAGAUAAGGAGCUGGCUGGGGUCAACAAGUCAAUAAGAAAUAUGGAGGUUAAAAUAAGAGAAGACACAAAGGCCACAGAAGACAACUUGGCACUUGCAGAACAGGAACGUGGGAAGCGGGAAUCUGCGAAAGCUGAUGCUGAUCGCCGACUUGAAGAAAUUCGCCGGAAGACAGAAGUAGAGUCCCAGUGCUACAAAGAUGACCUCCGGAGGCUCCAGGAUCAGUUAUCCCGUCUGCAGAAGUCCAUGGGUGCAAAUGCGCCGACAGUUCCAUCAGCCUAUCCUCCGGCUAUGACUGACCGCAAUACAGCGCGGGCACCCAAGCAGUCCAACCAGAAGGCACCGCCCACAUCCAACAGGCAGCAGGAGCCUAUCCAGAAUACAGGCUGCCGCAGAGGCUGCAUUAUCUGCAAGAGGGAGGAGGCUUGCGUGAUGCUGCUGCAGUGUGCUCACCAGGUGCUGUGUGUCGGCUGCAACAAGCAGCAUGAGGAGAAAGGCGCAGUUCGCUGCCCCAGCUGCAACGCCAAGAUCGAGGAGAGGAUCAGGGUUUUCGGUGCCUCCUCCAACUGAGGCACCUGGUGAUGCUGCUGCUGCAGACUUGGUUUCGCUUGGGGCAAAGAAAAACUGAACUCGUGGUCAUCUUUGCCUUUUCUUUUUUUACCUUUGUGAAGAAAGAGUCACCUCCGUCUCAUAAGUUUUACCUGGUUCAGCUGUUCAUGGAUAUAUGCUGAAUGCUGCAGUUCUGUCGGGGUAUAUGGGUACAUGCCAAACCUUUUUUGGUCGAGAAGUUGAACAGGAACUGAGGAACCCUUGGGGAUAUGAGUCAAUUGAACUUAAACUGGUGUGUCUGUUCUCUAGUUUA